AUGUAGCAGGCGCUUUUCCUGAAACCGGCUCGGAGGGGCGGGGCAGAAAUAGAGACAAGAGUAUUAGGGGAUGUGAUGCGUCUGAGUGAGAUCCCUCUCUAUGGUCUUUCUAUUCAAGUCUGAUACAUGGCAGUGCCUGAAGUCGUCCAGUCAGACCAGUGCUGGCAGACUGCGUCUCGGUCCUGGAUUUAACACAUGAACAGGUCAUGUUAACUUGGAGUCUUUUGAGGAUCUAAGGGAACAUUUAUUUGAAAAGUGACUCCAUCACUGAGGAUCUCAAUGCCGCUGGGAAAGGUUCAUCAGAGGCCAAAGGUGACCCCUGCUGCAGGAAAAGUUCCAAGAGUACAUCAGAGGAGCAGCCUGGAUUGGCCGCAGUGAGCAUUUGGAGCUUGUGGACUAGCAAUGGACAGCUGGACUCUCCAAGGGGACAGCUACUCCUUCCUGCGCAGUGCCCCCCGCUCCUUUUCCCUAUGCCAUCGUGACGGCACCCCUAACCACGUUGAAAUCUUCGACAUUAUCAACAUCCCUACUCAGCGCAGUGCCAUCUCCGAGACCACCUGCCUGUGCGACAUCUUUGGAGACGACCAAAGUGAGUCCCAGUCCCUUUCCAGCAGCCCUUCUGUAGUGGCUGUUGUUUCUUCCCAGAGGGGGGUGGAGGGCACAGCUGCUGCAUCAGCCCCGGUGGAUGAUCUCAACGAUUCCUCUAGCUCAUACCACACAGCACAGGGCUCUAGUGAGGGGGAGGAGGGCUUUGAGGACUCAAGAGAAAGGCUUUCCAGCCCAGCAUUACAGAACGAGAUCUCAGAGAAGAGGCAGCUAGAGAGGAAGAGUCUCACCUCAGAACAUAUACAAGACUCUGAGGACACUAUCCCAAAUUCUGAGCGAAAAGCCAAAUCACCAGUACUCCCAGUUGAAACAUCCUCUCAAGGCCGGAAAAGCGGCGAGACAACCCCCUCUCUUGGACAUAGCAGCCCCAAUACUCUCAGUCAAGAGGGAAGGCUGUCAUCCUUGUCUUCAUCCUCUAUCCCAAAUUCUGAGCGAAAAGCCAAAUCACCAGUACUCCCAGUUGAAACAUCCUCUCAAGGCCUGAAAAGCGGCGAGACAACCCCCUCUCUUGGACAUAGCAGCCCCAAUACUCUCAGUCAAGAGGGACGGCUGUCAUCCUUGUCUUCAUCCUCUAUCCCAAAUUUUGAGCAAAAAGCCAAAUCACCAGUACUCCCAGUUGAGACAUCCUCUCAAGGCCUGAAAAGCGGCGAGACAACCCCUUCUCCUGGACAUAGCAGCCCCAAUACUUUCAGUCAAGAAGGAAGGCUGUCAUCCUUGUCUUCAUCCUCAGCAGACAAGAGACUUUCACCAUCAUCUCUUGAUUUGAAACAAACCCAUUUGGAAGUUGAGCCAAGGGAAUUCAAUCCUUCAUUCAAAGACAGACACAGCAGCCUCUCACAUCAAUCUUUAACUCCAAGUCCUACCCGUCAACAAGACCUCCUGCAGUCAAGAGUCAACCACUUAAGUCACAAUAGCAGUCCAUCAUUUGAGGUCCCACACUUUUGUCAGGAUUUUACAGAGCCGACCUUCCUUUCAUCUCCUUUACCUUCACCCAUCACUACGGAGAUUCAGUCUCCAGGACCACUUGUGUCCCCCGAGCUUAGUGAUAGUUCCCCCUUCUCUGACACACAAGCGUCCUCUCCUUUUCCUGACCUAAGAGGGAGGGUUUCCUUACCUGAUCUCUUUAGCAGAGGCUCCACACCUGAUAUAGAAGAUUCUGCUCAAGCCCUUGAACUGAUUUCAGACCCCUCUCCUACAGGAAGAGAGACCGUAGAGACUUCUGAAAGCCAAGGAACAACGUCAUCGGUUGAACCAGAUAGUGCUGUUUCCUCACCGGUCCCUCGAUACACACCUCCCUCUCCUGUCGUUUCAGUAGCAACCUCCCCUGAGCUUGUAGAAAGUAUUAUUUCACCUGAAUUAAGAAGCGCAAGUGCCUCACCUGGCCUGCUGAGUCCUGCUUCUCCUGCCAAACUUGGAACAAGAAGUCCCUCUCCUGAUUCCUCGUCCAAAACAAAAGUCAGGACUCCGGUGUCUUCACUUAGUUUUAGUUUGUCUCCAUCGCCUGGAGUAAGAGACAGCAGCUCUCCCUUUGAGCACAGAUAUACUUCUCCCUCACCUGAGAUCAGGAUUAUUGCAUCUUCACCUGAAGUCGGCAGGAAAAAGCAACCUACUGAAAUGGAAACAUCAUCAUCGGCUUCUCCUCUCCGAGAGCCUUCCUUUGGCAUUUCCUCACCAAGCAGCCUCACUUCCUCUCCUCAUAUUACAGGGAUUUCUUACUCUGGUGUUCAGCCCGAAGACAGGGAUAGUUCACCAUUUCCCGAACUUUCCCAUCACUCCACCCCUGAGCCGGACAGGACACUGAUGUCCCCUGAAGUCAGCAGGAGCAGCAGUGUGGCAGGGUCUGCUCAUACACCACCAAGCUCACCUCACUUGUCAGGCUCUCCAAGCUUCGUUCAACCACCUGAAGCAACUCUGUCAUCUCAGGCCAUGCACCAAACUCCUUCACCACAAGCAAAUCCUCUCUCCCCGUCCCCCGAACCAAGAUAUCAAACCCUUUCUUCGGAUGAGCUCCAAAGUCCUUCGUCUCACAACAGAAGCACAGAUCCAUCACCAGCAUCUGUUUCUACAGAUGACAACCUACUGUACACACAACCUUUGCCUUUUGCUAGAGACCCACCCGCGGCUGAAACAGAUUUUUUUUCUGAAGAUAUCACAGAAGCACAGUCCCCCACUCGUUUUGCAAAAGAUGAGGUGUCACCUUCAUUUGCAUUAUACCAGAAAGAGGAAACAGUUGUUGCUGAGUUCAAAAACAACUCGCCAGUAGUAGGAGUUCAUUCACCUGUAUCUGUGACAUCAGAUAAAAGUUUAGGAAGCCCUCUGAUUCAACAAACCACAGAAACGGCAAAUGAAAUUCAUGAUAUGUCAAGCAUGGCUGCCUUCACUGAGAAAAAACAGGUAACUCGGUCUCCCUUUUUUCAGGAAGAAGACGCUUAUACAAAUCCUCCCGGGAAAACAACGUCUGCUUCCCCUUAUCUUAUCUCCCCCAAGAGCAGGAGUCCAAACAUUUCACCAGUCUACACGGCUACAUCCAGCCGGCCUGUGCAGAGGCAAGAAAACCCCAAUCCUCAACUCACUUCUGAUUCCCUGACUUUUGACAGCAGUAUUUAUUCACCGAAAUCAACCUGGACUCCUGAAAUGUCAAGAAGACAGCUGUUAACCAAGGUUAAAUGUGUAAACAGGGAGAAGUUCACAGAGGACAUGUCUCACCCUGUGAACAGAAGACAGACUCCGUCUCCGCCACUAACGAGAUUUACACCAAUCCAUAUCAUCGCCCCCGAGAAACCAUAUAGACAGUGGCAGAACAGAAACCGUAGCCCCUCUCAAGUUAUACCAUCCUCACCAAGUGGUAAUUUUAAGAAAGCAGCAACAAACAGGGAAAGCCCCAACGUUGACCCCGUUGACAAUAAUAACCAGGGCCACUUUGUCGGGCUGGGAAGGCAAUUGGAGAUGGAGAGGGAAAUGCAGCUGGAGCAGGAGAGAGGUGUAGGUAUGGAGAGGCAAAGAGAGAGGAGAGAGAGGGAGGAGCAGACACACGAAAGAGGGGAGGGGUGGCAGGCCAGUUACAGAGGGGAACAGGUUGAGCUGUCAUUCAAUGCCAGGAAUAGAAAAGGACCUGUGAGUCGCAGUGCCGCUCUCACAAGCAGAGAGACCCGCCAGGGACUGCCAACACCGCAUUCCUGCUCAGAGAGCUUGCUAGCAACAAGACAGCUACAGCAACAACAGGGUCUGCUUAAACUUCCCUCCCAACAAGACGCCAGGGGUGGCGGCGCCAGCAGACGAUUUCAGCCCCCUGCACGCCAGAACAAGAAAAGCGCUCCUGGAAGCGUGGCUGCGUACAGACCCUGUCAGAGCUCCAGCUCCAGCAUGGGAAGCGAACUUGAUGAAGCAGACAGUGAGGUGAAAUGGUUUACAGACUUGGCCUCCCGCAGCCUGUCAAGCCCUGAAGUAGAUUACCUUGACAUGUACGACUCCAGUCGCCGUUCGUCUACAAACGUUUCUCAACCAUCUACCCAGGAGAGCCCAGCUGGGGUCAAUGCUGCCUGGUUGGCCUACGCUGACUUCAGGGGUUCUGCACCAAAGCUGGACCAUGACGAAGGCCCCCUCCUGCCGCCGCCUGCAUAUAUUUCAGACGGCCUUGAUCCCGCUAGGAGAUAUGAGCUGGGCAGCUUUGAAUGCAUAGAUGUGGCUGUGGAGAGAGAUGACAAGAGAAAGGUGAGAAAAGGCGUACCAAAGAGACAGAUCCAGCUGAAAAGGAAGGAUAGCACUGAAGGAAAGCAGGAAGAGAGCAGUGAAAACAGCAGUCCUGGACUCCCUGUGACUGCGGGAAGUCUCUAUGGAGAUGGUCACCCGAAAGGAGCUUUAAUGAGACAACACAGUACACCAGCAGCAAUUCAAGAACGUCAGUCGACUGAAUACGGCCCUGAGUCCAGUCAGCAGAAAGAAAGACAGUCUAAAUUCCAGAAAUCUGCUUCUAUGGAUGAAACGUGCUCUAAAACCAAGAUGGCUUCUUGCCUCAUCAAGAGCGUGUUGUCCAAGAAGAUGCAAAGUGUUGACAGACAGCCUGAUGAGCAAGCAGUUGCAGAGGCAAGCCCGCAAACAGAGAGCACGGAGACACCGCUUAAGGAGUCCCCGAAACCUGACCCCCGUAAUCUGAGUUCCAGUCUUCAGUCAGAUUACAGUCUAUCAUCUGAGGGUCUUCCUGUUAGAAAUGAACCAGGCACAAGGGAUGAAGCUAAAGGGCGCAGAAAUCCCAGGACGAGGCCUAGCAAUAGGCCGAGUUCCUCCAGCAGCAGCAGAAGUGUUACCUUUUCCCAGACUGACAGCGAAGACGCUGAAUCCCAGAGCAGGAAUGAGUCUUCAUUAAAACCAGAGAUGAAGUCUGAAUUAAAAGUGCAGUUUGAUAGUAAGCACUCCAGGACUGGAUUACAGAAUAGUAAAGCACACAAAAGGGACAGCUGUGACUCAAUAAAGGCCACAGGCCAGGACACUGAAGCUCCUUCUGACAGAGAAGCCAGCUGCACACAGGCGAGAGUGAUAAACAGAGACCAGAAACGUGAACACAAAGAGGACCACAAACAGCUGCUGCAGGGUAACAACGAUGCCAACAAGUCCAAAACGCUGGAUAUUACACCGAACCCUGGCGAGAAAAAGAAAACCUCCCUAAAUGUGUGUCUCGCUUCCGAUGCAGAAAGCAAACCCGACGUUUUUUCUCCCGGUCUGCCCCCUGGAGAGAAAGAUGGAAGAAGUGAAACUGAUGGAGAUGAGAAAAAAGAAGAAGAACAUGAAGCAGAAGGAGUUAAGGCUCCACUUCACAAAGUCAGAGAUGUGAGACGCAUUGUUAAAAACACAUAUAACCUCUCCUUCAAGCCAGCUAGCGCUGUAAUGCCAUCAGACAUAAAUGAAGGAAGGAGGGAAAAUUUUGAUGAGGAAAAGAGGAUGGAGGUCAGAGCAGAAGAGGAGAGAGACUUAAUGCAGGAAGAGAGGACGGAGGUGAAAGAGAAGGGUUUCAGGACGGAGCGCAAAGAGGAACAGAAAGAGACAGCAAAGGAUUCAAAGACGCUAACCUCAUCUUCGCCUCAAUUGAACAAAAGAAACCCUCAGUCUAGUCCACAGCUGAUGCAUAUAGAGUACAAGGCUGUUUGCUUGAAAGACGACAAAAGUAAAAUGUUAUACAACAAGAAAGGUGACAAACCCCCGGCCUCUUCAACGUCUUUCACAGAGGUGAGCAGGGAAUCCCAGAUUGUUAAUGCAAACAUAUCAGAUUACAAAACACAGGCGACAGAGACUCAUACAAUCUGUGAACACGAUAUAAACAUUACAAGAGAAACACAAGAGACCACGACAGAAAUCCACAAAGUGGCACAGACUGAAGACAGAUCUGUGGCGACCCGAGCAGACAGAAAACCCCCCAUGCUCGGGAGUCUCCCUAAACUGCCCAGUAAAGAGAGAGAGGUGUCCACUGCUGUGGUGCUCAUACGGGAAAAACCACACAAAGCCAACAUGUCUCCGUCUCCAGCCCACGAGGACAUUCCCACCGCAAUCCAAGCUCCGGCCCCUCAGUCGCCUUCACCUGGGCUUACCCCUGCUGGUGGUCACUCCGUUUCCAUGCUAUUGAAGGAGAAAGGCUACCAAGCUGACAUCGGAGCAGUGGUGGGUGAACAUCAGACCACGGCAGGAGAGAAGGGAGUUCCCCGUAAGCAUGUGAACUGUUUGGAGAUCCCACUUCAGACCCUCCCUCCGUCAGAUGGAGGUGUGCUUGACUCUCGCAGAGAGAGGACAUUCUCUUCCUCAUCUACUACUUCAGGCCCCUCAGCAGCGACCAACAACACCGACAUCCUUACAAAGUCGAGAGAAGAGGACUCAGCCGACCUUAGGUGUUCAGGAAAAGACUCUGCAAAACAAAAGAAGAAUUCACCGGAGCAAAAGCCACCUCUCACCAAACAGAAAGACAUAAUUGGAGAUUUUGAAGCAGUGAAAAGAAUAGAUCCAACUUUCCCCCCGAGGUCCCCAGCAGUAAGGAGAUUUAAACCACAGCCAAUUGAGGUUAAGUCAUUGUCUAAAGAACCACAGACACAAGAGACAUCCAAAAACUCCACAGGAAACCACCGGCCUCAAACUAUUGAGGUGAAAUCUAUAGCUAAAAGCUCCCAAAAGCCGGCUGUGCCUCCAAAACCAAACUACAAAUUUAAACCUGCAGAUGUAGCGGCAACGCCAACUGAGGGUCAGAGAGCAUCAGGAGCAGCAGCGCCUGGAAAACCGCAGAGUGAGGAGAAGUCUCAAACGAUCGUGGUGAGCUCGCCCACAAUCUACAGGAAGAUUUCCAAUGAAUCCACCUCAACAUCAAACCAUUCAAAAAAACUGGCUGUCUCUACGGUGUCCAGUCUCAAGCCCCCGCCUCACAAAACAACAGCAACCACCAUCACCAGUCUCUCAAACCAGUCAGGAGCAUCAUCAGACACAGAGGCAUCUGACCGGGGACAGCAGCAACAGCCACCUGCCUCUCCUCAGAGCUCCAAAUGUGCACAAAAACCAACAUCCCUAGCUACGCCAGCCGCUGGCUCAGUUGCAACCACAUCUCCAGCUGCAGUUUCCGACCCAAAAGUGAGCCACAUCCCUGGGCCUGGCCUAGCGGGGGCCAGUCAGCCUGCUCUUAUGGAUCCAGACAGCCAAAUGCAACAUCUACGGGGGGGACACCCUCACGAGCAAGGUAUGUCUGUCACUUCCAACAAUGCAAAACAACCAACUCCUGUUUCUACAACACAAGUGCCAAGAUUCGCUCAUCAGCCAUACCACAGGUCACUUUCCAGUGAGCGUGUCCAGAGGACAGAUGAGAUGCACUUCUAUGCCUCAGAUGACCCUCCGAGCUAUGAUGAAAGAGAGAGCUUCAGUCCACUCAUGCUCCAAGAUUUGACUCUGCUGAGGCAGAGCCGCUAUCAGCCCUCAUCCCGCCCUCCCCCCUGCUCCUGCACGGCUGGCUGCCCCUCUCAUCCAGGUCCCACGCCUCCUCACCAUCACCGCAGCCCCCAUAACCUCACCCCGCCACACUCUCCUGGCCAAGCACUGCCUUACCCAAUGAGCCAGCCCCCACCACGGCCCCACCAGUACAGAGCUGAGCCUCAGCCAAUGACUUAUCAACAUGGCUCUCCCAAAUCAAGCCCUAUUGGUCCAAACCAGCCACCAUCUAUGUACCAGUCUCUCCACCAGUCGGCUCCAUGCCCCCCCCACCCCUCGCUCAUGCAGACCUGCUCUGCUGACCGCCCUUUGCAGCCACCUCAGCAUAUUGACUCCCGACGACCUCCUGUUCACAAAUCUCCACAUCAGCAGCCACCGAGCAUUACCGGGGCUCCUUACAGCGAUCCCGGCCACUCUCCUGGCCUUCCCCCUAUGGAUCACCAGUACCUGUGUGGUUCUCAGAGCAUGGGACCUUCCUAUGGCUCAGAAUAUGGGGGCGACAGCUCCAGUCUGUACUCAGAAAGUAACUAUGGGCAAACACCACGUAGAGUACUGCUGGAUCCUGAAACAGGAAAGUAUUUUUACAUCGAGGUGCCUGUACAGCCACUGAGGAAAAUGUUGUUUGACCCAGAGACCGGCCAAUAUGUGGAAGUGCUCAUCCCACAACAAACAAUGUCACAUUCAGCCCUGUAUCCUCCUUCAGCGGCCCCCUUCCCACCUCUCCACAACCCAAACAUGUACGCCCCUGCUCCACAGUACAUGCCCUGCGCAGCUCCUCCUCCCUUAGCACACCCUCAGGCCCAGCCCCAGCCGCCCCGAUAUCCCGAGGCCUCUGCUGCAGCAGCAAUCCACCCAAGCGUACCUGGGGCCAGUUACAGGAAUCCCUCAGGUCAGGUAACCAAACCUGGGCCCCCAAAUCAUCCGCCACUGGACCACAGCUACUUGGAGAGUAUGUAUUAUGUCCCAACAGGCAUAAAUUCAAGUCCAAAUCCCACCCCACCAGACUAUUACCACAAACAUCCUCCUAACUUACCCCCAACAGGGGGGAAAAGGUCCUGAAAUAGAGAGUCGAGGCCGCCUUCCUGGAGCCUGUUAGGUUUAAAAUACGCAGUGUAUAAAAAGGGUGUCUAAUGUUAGCAGAAAAUGUUAUUUGAGUUUUAACAUGCAACUGAAGACAGCAAUUCUUUGGUUGUUGUGUAUUUGCUGCUGCUAUAUUCUGAACUGGGCGGCUUUGACAAAAUGUUUCAUGAGGUAUAAGCCCUGAAAAUACACGUAGAUCUUUUCUAUUAUAGAUUAUUACUGACAGUUUCUUUUUUAUAUAUAUGUAUUGGAUACAAACAAGGUGAUGCACAGGAUCUAUCCAUCUGCAGAUUUACUGAUUUACAGAUUUUCUCAGCAAACAGCUCACCAAAACUUGAAAAUAUUGUGAAAAAAAGUCCUAUUUAUUUUAAUGAUGUAUUUCUCUAAUAUUGGAUGAGUGAGAUGUCUGUAACAUAAUGCAAAAAUGUCAAUAAAAUGU